UACAAUCAUCGUUUUGGGAGAGAGCUAUCAGGAUAGGAGAAGUGAACGAGUUGUUUGUCUGGUAACAUAGGCUUCAUUAUGUCGCACAGUGGAUCACGGCAGCCCUCGGACGGCGACAAGUCGCGAGGCCGGGGCAGGGAGCAGCAAGACAGUGCCCUGACGAAGGCGUUGACCGUGUAUCGUUUUGCCCUGCGAACCAACCCUAUGCUCGUGAAGGGAGUUACAAGUGGUAUGAUAUCAGCGCUAGGCAACGUGGUAGCUCAGCUCAUCUCACCACAGGGACCCGGUGGCAAGAUCAACUGGCGAAGCGUUGCGUCGUUUGGAGCUUUCAAUGCGGUUGUCACUGGGCCGUUGACGCACCACCUGUACCGCAUACUGGAGGGCGCAGUGCCGCGCAACAUGAAGUACGCCGCCGUGUACCGUGUGGCCAUCGACCGCCUGCUGUUCGCGCCACCGUACCUGAUGGUGUUCUUCUUCGUCGUCGCUCUUCUGGAGGGUCUGUCCGUCCAGGCAGCCAUUCAGCGUAUCCGUGGAGUCUUCUGGACAGCAUUAAAAAUGAACUGGAAAGUGUGGACUCUGGCACAGUACAUCAAUUUCUCCUAUGUGCCCACCGAGUAUCGCGUCCUGUUCGCUAACGUCAUCUCCUUCCUGUGGAACAUCUACCUGGCGUACCGUCGCUGAGCCUGCCGCCGCCUCUGAAAUGAGAUUUCCGCCGAGUCUACGAUUCCCAGUUGCAGGCACCGUGCCUCGCUUCGCCCCGUUUUUUAGUGUUUGUCCACUUGAUCUCGGAUGUCAGUAAGUUUAGACAUUCGCCACCUGCAUUGGCACUAUGUACCCGGGGCUGGUUGGACAGCUCGUCAUCGCGCCCCGCAUUCUCUCGGUCACGUCUCUCUUGUUCAUAUUCGCGGCCGUUGGCGGCGACGUUUCCUGCAUGCGUCCGCUGCUGUGCUUGGCGAACGCUGCAAACUCGCGAGUGACCUUGAGCUGGGCGUGGCGUCGGAGAUGCAGCAGUAGUGGCUCGUAUUCUACCCGCCGCCGUCAUCGACUGUCUUUUUUUUGUCUCCUUCCGCUGUGCACAUGUGUAUGUUACCCCGCUGCAGCUGGUCUGCAAAGUGAGACAUGCUGUAUCAUCAUCUAUUAGGCUAUAUUUUUUUAAAUACUUUUUCUCCUUUCACUUCCCGCUCCAUUGCCUCGUGUUAGACAUCAUUCUUGAUUAUGACUGUGAUGUAUUCUUAACAGACUAACAGUCAUGCUGUAACUAUUACUUGCGGCUUCCUUCACACUCA